AGAGGGUAACGAGGAGAUCUCUGCCGAAGGAGAUCACCGUGUAAUUCGUGCGAUAAAUACGCGUCGUAACCCGAAGGGAACUGGAGCUGACAAACAGUGGCUGUGCGCGCGGGUGCGUGUCCGAUCCGUGCGCGUGUAUGCGAGGUGCAACCGCGUGCGGGCGGUUCCCACACGUCCGUGCAACAAGUGUCAUUAGACGGGACCGCGGCCAAGUGAAACCGGACUGACUGUUCUCGAGGGGUACGUGAUAGAGACACGGUGCAUGCUGCUGCCCGUUCUUCUUCGUCCAACGGUCUAAGAGAGGAUCACCGGCGAGGAUGGGCUGCGCGGUGAGCACCACCGGCGAGAAAGAAGCCGCGGAAAGGUCGAAGAAGAUCGACAAGGAUCUCCGAGCCGAUGGCGAGCGGGCCGCCAGUGAGGUCAAGCUUCUCUUGCUCGGAGCGGGAGAAUCUGGGAAAUCGACUAUAGUGAAACAAAUGAAAAUUAUACAUGAAACUGGUUAUAGCAAAGAAGAAUGCGAGCAGUAUAAGCCAGUAGUGUACAGUAACACGAUACAAAGUUUAAUGGCAAUAAUUAGAGCUAUGGGGCAGCUUAGAAUUGAUUUUGCAGAUCCCAAUAAAGCAGACAUAGCACGCCAAUUCUUUACCCUAGCUUCUGCAGCAGAAGAGGGAGAGCUAACUGGGGAACUAGUGCUAUUAAUGAAACGAUUAUGGCAAGACGCUGGGGUACAGCUUUGUUUCACGCGUAGUAGGGAAUACCAACUCAAUGAUUCUGCAGCGUAUUACCUUAAUGCCUUGGACCGUAUAGCCCAACCUAAUUACAUUCCCACUCAGCAAGAUGUACUCAGGACACGUGUAAAAACGACUGGAAUAGUAGAAACAAACUUUUCUUUUAAGGGUUUGCAUUUUAAAAUGUUUGACGUUGGCGGCCAGCGAUCGGAAAGAAAAAAAUGGAUACACUGUUUCGAGGGUGUCACCGCAAUUAUCUUCUGCGUUGCGCUGAGUGGUUAUGACCUGGUUCUCGCAGAAGACGAAGAGAUGAAUAGAAUGAUAGAGUCAAUGAAAUUAUUCGAUUCUAUCUGCAAUAGCAAAUGGUUUGUUGAAACAUCAAUCAUAUUAUUCUUAAAUAAGAAAGAUCUUUUCGAAGAUAAGAUCACGAGGAGCCCUUUAACUAUUUGUUUCCCGGAGUACAAAGGUGCCAAUACGUACGAGGAGUGUGCUUCCUACAUUCAAAUGAAGUUUGAGAAUUUGAAUAAAAGGAAAGAUCAUAAACAAAUUUACACGCAUUUCACGUGCGCUACCGACACGUCGAACAUACAGUUUGUGUUCGACGCUGUGACCGAUGUCAUAAUCAAAAAUAACCUGAGCAAUUGCGGAUUAUUAAGUUAAAUAUUCCAAUACUCUGUUGAAUCUGGAAUAAUAGAUAUAUGUCCAAGGUUUACGAACCUAUGUGAAAGCACGAAGGAUACACGUGAGACUGAACAAGAAUUGUUAGGACCAGAAAUGUUCUGUGUAUAUUAACAUAUUUGCCAAUCGCGUAAUGUUUUCACUUUGGCAUCCUAUCGAUGUUCACAAUAACGUUUGUUUAGUAUUACACGCUGAUUUAUUAGAUCUUAUUCGUCGCAACAUUGUUUUUCCAGGCAAAGCUUCACAAAUAUUUUAUACCGCAUUAAACUAGAAUUUAAUUUAUCGGCCAUUUUUA